AUGGAGCUAAAGAAAAGAAACAGAUUUGGAGGAGUGAUUUGGAAAAAACUAAAGAGGGGCAACAAUGCAUCAUCUAGAAGAGCUAGCUUGAAUAAGGUAUGCUUUAAAAGUCAAGAUGACAAGGCCCACGUUCCGCUUGGGUUGACAGCAGCUAAAAAACCGAGUACUUUGCUCAUGCACAUGGAACACGGGAACUAUAAUUGUUUGUUCAUUGCUACCAAUGCACCAGGAAGAAGUGUAUUCAAUAGGGUUAAAAGGAAAAUAGUGCCACUUAGCAAUGAGGUCGCAGGAUUAAUUUUACCCCAUGACCACUACGGCAGUCAUUUGGAUGAAAGAGGAGUAACAAUAGACACAGAUUUAGAGAAGAAUAAUUUUCUAUUUGUCGGAAACACAUUGGCAGAAGUAUGGACACACUUGACAGUGGAUACAUUUCCUACAGUGGCAGCAUACAUAGAAACGUCUCUGUUCUCAAAGGAUCAGAGUGACGAGGUUACAGAAUGGAAAGAGAUAGGAAAUGGAAUUGUUGUAAUAGGAGUAGGAGAAGACGUCAAAGAUAAUUCGAUUACAGACCUGGCCUCAUCACCUGACAACGUCAUCAUUAUACAAUCACCAGAUGACUUAUCAACCGUUUUCAACAAACUUAUUGGAAGAUUAGAAGCAAAUGACAACAAGCAAGAGGACACAAAUGUAAAGUAUGUGGUUUUUAUCAUUGAUGCUUCCAACUUCACAUCGAACGUGGAUUUAAACACACUUAGGUUUAUUAUUGAACUUAUGGAUGAAGAUAAAUAUGCCAAAGAGAAAAUAAAAUUUCUAAUUGCCGUCGUUACCGGAAAAUCGGCUAUAAUGCUUGACUUGCAGAAAGCUUCCAAAUUAGACAGUGUUUAUAAACUGUCGAAACAGGAUGAAUAUAUAUCAAUAAAGAACGUCAAAGAAUUAGUUGACUCAAUAAUGUUGAAAGGACACUGUCAAAAGAGAAAUGAUACGCAGAUUUCUGAUCCAUGUGUUAUGACCAUCAUAUCCAAUGGAACAGCCCCAUUUUAUGAUAAUGUCAAAGAAAUCUCCGCUUGGAAGGAAGCAGGUAUUAAGGUUUUUGUAGUCGGUCUUGGAGAUGCAGAUCUUAGCGAAAGCUGGCAUUCUUCCCCUGGUGAUUUACUUCAGCUUGAAUCGUCUGUUUGGUUGCCUAACUUUGAAAGCUAUAUACGUCAGAAAAUUUUUGCCGGUUCUUCGGAUAGAGUUAACGUCUGCCCGAGCAAAACUAAGAUGGACAUCAUUUUCCUGCUGGACACGUCACUCGCUCCCUGCAUCGACUUGGACGGUCAAAUACACUUCCUUAGGGACAUCACCAAACGGUUUCCCCUCGGCAGUAAAGGAACACAUUUCGGUGCUGUGACCUACAGCUUCAAAGCUCACAAGGCAAUCAAACUGGGGAAGUACUCCGAUAAUGAGAAACUGCUGACGACCCUGAAAGAGCUUAAGCGGUACAACACAUUCUCCUACACCCACAAAGCGCUAGAGGCAAUUAUAGACAAAGACCUGUUCGGGACAAGGAACGGUGGGCGAUCGGACGCUCAGGACGUCAUUGUCUGGAUCACCAACGGGCACGCUUCAGUUUCCAGGGAAACGCUGAAACUUUUCAGCAAACUUAAAAAAAAGAAAGUGAAGAUCGUAACAGUGGGGUUCGGCACAGGCGUAAGGCUGGAUAAGCUGUUGUUAGCCUCCUCAGAACCGGAGGACUUCGUGUGGACAGAGAACUUUGACGACCUGAGGUACACGGGCGACGCAGUGGCAAAGAGACUUUGUCAUGUUAAUGGGUGAGCAGUAAGAAGCAGUGCGCAGUAAAAGGUAUUCUUCUUUACUUACACUAAUAAAAAAAAAGAUAUAUAUCCAAGAAAAAUAAAAAUAUCAUUUUAAGUAACUGUUUCGC